CAUCAUUGGACCUCACCGCACGUCUAUUAUCAAAUAUCUGCCUUUGGGCAGGACUAUUACCUUAAUCUUACGCUCGAGUCGGGAUUUAUUGCGCCAGUUUACACUGUCACGAUACUCGGAGCAUCCAGUGAAGGCAAUAAUUCAGAAGAGGGGGAGGAGGAGGACACGGAGUAUCAGCACUGCUUUUAUAAAGGACAUGUGAACGCUGGGCAGGAGCAUACUGCAGUUAUCAGCCUCUGCUCCGGUUUGCUUGGCACUUUCAGGUCACAAGAAGAGGAGUUUUUUGUAGAGCCCCUUCAUAGCUACAAUGGUCAACAUUAUGAAGAAGAACACAUCAAACCUCAUGUCGUGUACAGAAAAGAUGCAUCAAAAAAGACUGUAGAUGAUUCAACUACAUGUGAAACUUCAGGACAUAAAGAGCCACACCGCAGACACAGGAACAGACUGAAGAGAAAGUCGCCCUCAAGCUGGUUGUCCAACCUGGAGACUCUUAAUUCCAAACUCUUCUCUGCCCCCUUCCCCUCAGAAAACAAGCACAACUCCACUAAUGAAAGCAGUGACUCCAAGCCACACCAGAGAUCAAAGCGUUUCCUCUCCUACCCCCGUUUUGUUGAAGUCAUGGUUGUGGCAGACAGUAAGAUGGUAGAACAUCAUGGAAGCAACCUCCAGCACUACAUUCUUACACUGAUGUCCAUCGUUUCCUCCAUCUAUAAGGAUCCCAGCAUUGGAAACCUGAUUAACAUUGUUAUUGUGAAGCUGGUCAUCAUAAAGAAUGAGCUGGAUGGUCCCACUAUUUCUUUCAAUGCACAAGCCAGUUUGAAAAACUUCUGCAUAUGGCAGCAGAGUCAGAACCAUCCGGAUGACAGCCAUCACUCACAUCAUGACACCGCCAUUCUAAUCACAAGGCAGGACAUCUGUCGAGCACGGGACAAGUGUGACACUUUAGGUCUUGCUGAACUGGGUACAGUUUGUGAUCCCUACAGAAGUUGCAGUAUUAAUGAGGAUAAUGGACUCAGUACUGCUUUCACCAUUGCUCAUGAGCUUGGUCAUGUGUUCAACAUGCCUCACGAUGACAGUAACAAAUGCAAAGAGGAUGGAGUCAAGAACCAGCAACAUGUGAUGGCCCCUACGCUCAACUAUUACACCAAUCCAUGGAUGUGGUCCAAAUGUAGUCGGAAAUACAUCACAGAGUUCCUCGACAUAGGGUAUGGUGAGUGCUUGCUCGAUGAGCCAGUUUCUAGGCCAUACAGUUUGUCCCAGCAGCUGCCAGGACAGAUAUACAGUGUCAAUAAACAAUGUGAGCUGAUAUUUGGGUCUGGGACACAGGUGUGCCCAUAUAUGACACAGUGCAGGAGGUUGUGGUGCACCAGUCCAGAAGGAGUCCAGCGUGGCUGUCGGACCCAACACAUGCCAUGGGCCGAUGGGACGGAGUGUUCUCCAGGAAAGCAUUGUAAACAUGGCCUGUGCAUCCAUAAAGAGCAUGAAUCUGUUCCAGUUGAAGGGGCCUGGGGCGUCUGGAGUCCCUUUGGCACAUGCUCAAGGACCUGCGGAGGGGGAAUCAAGAUAGCUGUGCACGAGUGCAACCGACCUGCGCCCAGAAAUGGGGGGAAGUAUUGUGUUGGACGCAGAAUGAAAUUCCGUUCCUGUAACUCUGAGCCAUGUUCCAAGCAAAAGAAAGACUUCAGGGAGGAACAGUGUGCCAGCUUUGAUGGGCAGCACUUCAACAUCAAUGGUCUACCUCCAAAUGUCCGCUGGGUGCCAAAGUAUAGCGGAAUUCUGAUGAAGGAUCGCUGUAAGCUAUUCUGUCGUGUGGCGGGCAGUACAGCUUACUACCAACUCAGGGACAGAGUUAUUGAUGGCACGCAGUGUGGGCCUGACACCAACGACAUCUGUGUGCAAGGCCUGUGCAGGCAAGCAGGAUGUGACCACGUGUUGAACUCCAAGGCCAGGAGAGAUAAGUGUGGAGUGUGUGGUGGGGAUAACUCAUCUUGCAAGACUGUGGCAGGAACGUUCAACAUAGUGCAUUAUGGUUACAAUGUUGUGGUGCGAAUUCCCAGCGGUGCUACAAACAUAGAUGUGAGACAACACAGCUAUUCAGGGAAACCAGAGGACGAUAACUACCUCGCCUUGUCCAACGGCCGUGGAGAAUAUUUACUCAAUGGAGAUUUUGUGGUCAGUAUGUUUAAAAGGGAAGUCAGAGUAGGGAAUGCUGUUAUUGAAUACAGCGGCUCUGACCAUGUUGUUGAGAGAAUCAACUGCACUGACCGCAUAGAAGAGGAGAUUAUUAUCCAGGUGCUAUCCGUAGGUAACCUCUACAACCCUGAUGUCAGGUAUUCCUACAAUAUUCCGAUAGAGGACAAACCUCAGCAGUUUUUCUGGGAUGCGUACGGCCCGUGGCAGGAUUGCAGUCUUUUGUGCCAAGGAGAGCGCAAGAGGAAGAUCAUGUGCAGUCGUGAGUCGGAUCGAGUGGUUGUGUCUGAUCAGCGGUGCCAUGGCUCUCCCAAACCAGCUGUGAUCUCUGAGCCAUGCAACACAGACUGUGAGCUCAGGUGGCAGGUUGUUCGCAAAAGCGAGUGUACAGCCAUAUGUGGUCUGGGUUUCCGGACUUUGUACAUUUACUGCAUCAAACAGAGCAGGUUGAAUGGGAAAACCCAGAAGGUUGACGACCGGUAUUGCAGCAGCCAGCACAAGCCUGAAGACAAGGAGGUGUGCCAUGGAGACUGCAACCCUGGUGGAUGGGAGUACUCUCUCUGGUCUGAGUGCUCCAGGAGCUGUGGAGGAGGAACACGUCGUAGAAGUGCGGUAUGUGGAAAGUCAGCAGAAACUGAUGACGAAAGCAAGUGCAACCCACAAGAAAAGCUCACAGUCCAGCCUUGUAAUGAGUUCCUGUGUCCUCAAUGGAAAACUGGAGACUGGUCUGAGUGUUUAGUGACAUGUGGCAAGGGCUAUAAGCACCGCCAGACUUGGUGUCAGUUUGGAGAAGAGCGUUUGGAUGACCGUUUAUGUGACUCAUCCAAACCAGAGUCGGUACAGGCCUGCCAACAGCAAGAAUGUGCAUCCUGGCAGGUGGGACCCUGGGGACAGUGUACCACCACAUGCGGCCCGGGCUAUCAGAUGAGAGCUGUGAAGUGUGUGGUUGGCUCAUACGGCUCUGUCAUGGAUGACUCUGAAUGUAAUGCAGCAACACGUCCAACGGACACUCAGUGCCCCGUAUCCUGUGGUCAGGGUACAACUACACGGCAAGUAGUGUGCAUGAACAUCAGCGAUCAAGUUGUGGAUAUGAGUGAGUGUGACCCAGAUGAUCAGCCAGCAACAGAGCAGGAGUGUGCCAUGCCCCAGUGUCCGUCUCACUCCAGCGACCACGGGGGCUUUUUACCUAACCCUGAUUCUCGAAAAAAAACGGUUCCUGCCGGACGAGCUGACCGUAACAGAGCUGGCAGACUUCAGUCUCAUCAAUGGAGGACUGGACCAUGGGGGGCGUGUUCAAGUACCUGUGCUGGAGGAUUCCAGAGGCGUGUGGUGGUGUGUCAGGAUGAGAACGGCUACCCUGCCAACAGCUGUGAUGAAAGCACUCAACCCAUAGAGCAGCGCUCCUGUGAGUCCGGCCCCUGCCCUCAGUGGUUCUAUGGCAGCUGGGGUGAGUGUUCAAAAUCCUGCGGAGAAGGGAUAAAGACCCGGUUGGUCGCUUGUCAGCGGCCCAACGGGGAGCACUUUAACGAUCUGAGCUGUGAAAUUCUUGACAAACCACCCGACCGAGAACAGUGCAAUACCCAGUCCUGCUCUAUUAACCCUGACUGGAGCACAGACCAACGGAGCUCGGUACGCUCAUAACUAUUUUAACUUUCUCCCUUCAUAAGUUCUCAUUCUCACAACAUGCCAAUGUUUCUUUACACUCAAGACAUGAAGAAAACAAACUGAAACUCAGAUGGUUUGAUCUUUGAGUAAACAAAUAGCUGGUUUUAACGUUUGCUGCUUAUCAGCGAGUUUCGGUUGCACUUAAAGAUCCACCAAACAUGCAGUCAAAUAUUGUUUUAGAGUUUUAUUUCCUGACUGAAAAAGUGAGCAUCUCUUUGGCCGAUGUGUUUGUUUGAAUGCUGUUUUGUUUGAUUUUUUCCCCUAUUUAAUUUUCUAUGUUAGGUUUCUUUUGCCCAACGCAGCUGUACUUUGGAUAAAUACAAAUCAUUGUGACGCCCUUUGUUGUGGCUUAUAUAUAAUAUAGUAUAUAGUAUUUCGAAUACAUGGGCAGCAAUACUUGCUCCACUUUAGAGCUGAAACAUCUGGCCACAGGCAGUUUACUUUAUUAUAUUGAAACUAUCUCCCUGUGUUUUUCUAACGCUCUUCAUAAUUCGUUUCUCAUUAAUUUUUUCUUUCAACUAUACCUCACAUGAACUCAGCUAGCCAUUGACCUUUUUCAAAUUUAUGAUGGUGCUUUUUCAGUA